AUGGCGGCAAACAAACCGUCCACAUCUUCUAUUGAUGUUGAUGGAGAUACCAGACAUCAUGAUCCUAGCCAAUCAGCGAGCCCGGUAGAUGGCAGAUGGGCGGUGGUGGUUGUUAUAGCAGCUUUCAUUGGACGAGCCAUCGUGUCAAUGCAGAGCUCCUACAUGCCUCUCCUGACAGUUGAAUGGGAGAAAAGACUUGGAGUCACCCCUUCACAAGUCUCAUGGGCGAGUACACUAGCGAAUGCACCAAGAUUCGUGAUAGCUCCUGUGGCGGGUGCAUUAAAUCAGAAAUUCGGAUGUCGUCCUAUCGUCUUUGUUGGUGGUUUCUGUGCGAUGACAUCGAUAUUAUUGCUUUCUAUGACCAACAAACUAUGGCAGAUCUUUAUAUGCUCCUGUUUAAUUGGUACAUCGAUGGGAUUGGUAUAUCAAGGAACUGUCAUUAUCGUCAGUGUCUACUUUGAUAAAUGGCUGGGCCGAGCAAACGGGUUAGCAUACUCUGGAGUGGGGUUGGGCAUCAUGGCUGGAUCACCGUUGAUGGCGCUGCUCAUUGAAGUCUUCACGUGGAGAGGUGCACUUCUUAUCGUGGCAGGUCUAGUCGCGAACCUGAGCGUCACCGCAGCAGUAUACCGACCCUUGACCUGGUGGUCAAAAGGAAAAAGAUACGAAAGGAAGAAAUCAACAUUUCAAGGAGGUGGAUACUACCCUUCGUAUGUCUACCUGCCCAGUUACGUCGUAUCAUCAGGCGUGAGCGAGCUGAGGGCGUCCUUCAUAUUCACUAUCAUGGGACUUUGUAGCCUCGUGGGUCGUCUCACUCACGGAUUCCUUCUCGAUUUCAAACUCAUCACACCGACCAAGCUCUACGGGUUGACUUCAGUACUCGCAGGCUGUAGCCUUUACAUCAUUGUUACAUUUGGAACAUAUCCAGCCUUUGUUGUCUAUGCCAUCAUUUUCGGACUGUCGACGGGAGCCCAAAUUCCAUUGUGUCCGGUCAUGACUAAAAUGUAUACAGCGCCCUCAGAACUGGCCAGCGCUUUCGGCUUGCAGAGUUUCUUCACGGGGAUUUCACAGCUCUUGGUAACGUAUUUACUAGGACUACUUUUCGAUUGGACCAACGAUUACAGAUCUUGUUUCUGCUUGGCGGGAGCUCUGCUCUGUAUCGGUGGUGUUAUUGGAUUCUUGAUAGACCCGUGGAACAGAUGGAGACAUCGUCUAGAUGAAGAAAUCGGUGACGGCAUUUAA